GUCGGCGGAAGGCCCAUGGCGUCGCCGCCCGGGCGCCGAGCCCGCCUGUCGUCCCCCGGGACCAGCCGUCAGCCCUCCGAGGCCCGCGAGGAGACACGGCGCCGCCUCCAGGGCCUCAUCGAGGGCAACCGAGUGAUGAUCUUCAGCAAGAGCUACUGUCCUCACAGCGAGCGGGUUAAAGAACUCUUUUCUUCUUUGGGAGUUGACUAUAAAAUCUUGGAACUUGAUCAAGUUGAUGAUGGGGCCAGUGUUCAAGAAGUGCUGUCAGAAAUCACUAAUCAGAAAACCGUGCCCAAUAUUUUUGUGAAUAAAGUACACGUGGGUGGAUGUGACCAAACUCUGCAGGCACAUCAGAACGGUUUGUUGCAGAAGCUCCUUCAGGAGGAUACACACGAUUACGAUCUCAUUGUCAUUGGUGGUGGUUCUGGGGGCCUCUCUUGUGCGAAGGAAGCUGCCAUUUUGGGAAAGAAGGUAAUGGUGCUAGACUUUGUGGUCCCAUCGCCUCAGGGCUCAUCCUGGGGUCUGGGUGGAACCUGUGUUAAUGUGGGCUGUAUUCCUAAGAAACUGAUGCAUCAAGCUGCCCUCUUAGGGCAAGCCUUGCAGGACUCAAGGAAAUUUGGCUGGGACUACAGUCAACAAGUGAAGCACAACUGGGAGGCCAUGACAGAAGCAAUCCAGAACCAUAUCAGCUCUCUGAACUGGGGCUAUAGGUUGUCUUUGAGGGAGAAAGGAGUGGCUUACGUCAAUUCCUAUGGAGAAUUUGUUGAACCUCAUAAAAUAAAGGCAACCAAUAAAAAAGGACAGGAAAAUUAUUACACUGCUGCAAAAUUUGUGAUAGCAACAGGUGAAAGGCCACGCUACUUAGGAAUCGCAGGAGAUAAAGAACACUGUGUCACCAGCGAUGAUCUCUUUUCUCUGCCUCACUGCCCUGGCAAAACAUUAGUGGUGGGCGCCUCUUACGUCGCGCUGGAGUGUGCUGGAUUCCUCGCUGGCUUUGGCUUAGAUGUCACCGUCAUGGUGCGUUCAGUCCUCCUUCGUGGCUUUGAUCAAGAAAUGGCAGAGAAAGUGGGGUCCUACAUGGAACAACAUGGUGUUAAGUUCUUAAGAAAAUUUAUCCCUAUGAUGAUCCAACAGUUGGAGAAAGGUUCACCUGGAAAGCUGAAAGUAUUGGCUAAAUCCACUGAAGGACCAGAAACUAUUGAAGGAGUGUAUAACACAGUUUUGUUAGCCAUUGGUCGUGACUCCUGUACAAGGAAAAUGGGCUUGGAGAAGAUUGGUGUCAGAAUCAAUGAGAAAAAUGGCAAGAUACCAGUGAAUGAUGUGGAACAGACCAGCGUGCCCUACGUCUAUGCCAUUGGGGAUGUUUUGGAAGGCAAACCAGAGCUCACUCCAGUUGCCAUACAGGCAGGCAAGCUGCUGGCUCGAAGACUCUUUGGGGCCUCUUCACAAAAGUGUGACUAUAUCAAUGUUCCCACUACACUGUUUACGCCCCUGGAAUAUGGCUGCUGUGGCCUGUCUGAGGAGAAAGCUAUUGAAGUCUAUAAAAAAGAGAAUCUAGAG